AUGGCCAAGGGCAAGAAGAGCAAGGACUACUCGUACGGUUCGUACGACGACUACAACUACGAUGCCGACGGAACCUGGUUCCGCACCUGGGGCAACGACUGCUGUGUCGGCUGGCAGCGGAUCUUCCUCUUUGUCACCGGCGUCCUCUUUUUCAUCGUCGCCGUUUACCAGGCUUCCCAUGCCGGUGACUACAUCAACCGCAACAUGAAGAGCACCGACUCCACCAAGGCGAACGCCAUCUCCUCGGAGGUCAUCUCGUUUGCUGAGGGUGGCUCCCUUGUUUCCGCUGCCGCCGCUAUCGCGAUUGUUUGGCAUGUGCUCAAGUGGAACGUUGCCUCGCGCCACAUGACCAACGUUCUUGUCUGCCUCUCGCUCGGGAUCCAGAUUGCCUGCGUCGGUUUCUUCUCGCGCCAGAUGAAGGACAACAAGCCGUCGUCUGGCGAUGGCGACCUCGAUGCUGCUAUCACGGGCGCCGGUGCCGCGUCUGUGGUCAACGCCGGUCUCUCGAUCUUUGCGCUGGUCUUCCUCCAGCUCUUCGCGGCCGACUUUAUGUCCGCCCAGGGCCAGACCAACUGCUGCGACAACAUGGGCUGCGCCACCUCGAACGACUGCGCCUGCGACUGCGGCUGCUUCGGCUGCACCGGUGGCCGGCUUAUUGUCUUUGUGACCGGCAUUCUGGCCAUUGUUGUGGCCGUCGCCCGUGUCGGCAACUACGCGUCGAUUGUGUCGGACCUCUUUGACAGCAAGACCGUCGUUGGCAACCACACGGCCGAUGAGCUGUACGGCAACUACGCGAUUGCGCUCAUCCUCAACCUUGCUGUCCCCGGCAUUGUUCUCCUCCACGCCUUUGUGUGGAACGUCAACUCGCAGACGGCGGUGCUUGUUAUCGGCUUUGCCGGCAUCAUCAACGACGCCUGGUCGUUUGUCUACUCGUCGGUCUUCCUCAAGGAGGAGAAGCCGGCCAGUGGCGCUGACAACGACGAUCGCCUUGUCUCCCUGGCCUCGCUCGCCAUCGUCUCGCUCGCUUUCUCGAUUGCCAACUGGGUUCUGGUCUGGUUCUUCUCGGACAACUUCUUCAAGCAUGACGUCGAGGAGGACGAGUCCGAGGAGGAGGAGGAGUGCUGCGACACCAUGUGCUACUGGAUCGGCCGCUCGACUGCGCGCCUCAUCCUCUUUGUGCUCCUUGCUGUCGGCCUUGUCAUCUACAUUGUCCGCUUCGGCAUUGCCGGCGACCUCCAGUCGCGCAUCCACGACAGCGAGCUCGACUCGUCCAAGGCCGCGCCCAAGGGCAAUGCCGCGUCGCGCUUCCUCACCUCCACCUCGCUCUACGGUGCCCCGAUGGGUGCUGCGGUCACCUUCUUCAUUGGCCUCGGCCACAUGUGGUUCUGGAACCGCACCACGGCCAUCGCUACCUCGGCCGCGUUCAUGAUCCUCUUUGUCUCGGACAUUGCCUCGGCUGGCUACGGCUUCAAGCAGACGCAGCUGUACAACAAGAACAAGGACACCAGCCCCAAGCCCGACGACAAGUACGUCUCGCUCGAGUCGUUUGCUUUCAUCUCGUCCGUCAUUGCCCUCAUCGUCUUUGUCGUUGCCAUCUUCUUCUCGUGCGGCUUCAACAAGGCCGACCGCGGCGAGCUCCGCGCCGGCCACGUCGACGACUCGGAGGCCUCGGGCGACGAGUACACCUACGCUACCGCCGACGACUACUCGUACUAA